AUGGAGACCCCGGCUGAGGGCAAGAUGCCCGUGAGGUCUUCCUUUUCCCCUGUCUCCUCGUCUGGGCCUUCUUCGUGUCUUUCCGCGGCGUCAUCUACCCACUGCCAUUCCUUCUCUGUGUCGUCUCGCUUUCCGCUGUCGUCUCGCGUUCCCGCGCGCCGCUGCGUUCGCCUCCUCGUUCUCGGCGCCGUGCUGUGCUUCCUGCCUUUUUCACGCUCGCCGUCUUCUCGCGACACGUGCCACGCGAAUGUGGGGCUGGACCGGGAGAGACAGGUGUCUCCGUUUCUCCGCGCCCAAGCCGCCGUCCUGCCGAUCCCGUCGGCCUCGCCCCUGCGCCCCAGUCCCCAGGGCCCGACGCGGGUCGUCUGCGGCAACGUCCACAAGAAGCUCCUCGUCCUGCACGAUGACCCGAACGCCACGAAGAAAUUUCAGAGUCUUUUUCGGCGCUUAAAAGGUCAAAAUUUCGACAUUUCGACCGUCGCCUUUCCCCUGUCGCGCGGGCGCAAGGCUGCGCUCCUCUUCAGCCACCACGGGGAACCCCUGUUUUCUCACGUGCUUCUCUUGGCGACUAACAAACGCAGUCUGAGUCAAGAGCUUGCCUCGGCCCUCACCGCCUUCUUCACCUCUUUGGACCCCGACGCUGAAGAAGCGCAGGCGUCUCGCGCCUAUGCCGAUUCGUCUCCGGGCGACACGUGCCCGACGGUGUUGAAGGCGCGCAACUUGUUCUUGAUGGUUGCCCCGACAGCGCAUGCAACGGUCCACGCCUUUGCAGAGGCCAUCAUGGGGGUUCAGCAGGCGCGGGGCGACGACGCGAGAGGCCGUCCGGCGGGGCUCGUGGCGGAUUACUUCCACGCGUACAGGCCUUCGCAGAGGGCCCUGGCGAAACAGGGCGAGGCCAGCGAAGAAAGCGGAGACGCGAGUCUCUUUGUCACGUGGAACCUGCUCGGAGACCACCCACACGUUGUCGAACCCCUCGAUGCAGAUGAGACGCUUCUCUUUCGAGGCGGCGCGCACUACCUGCCGGCGCCCCCGAUGAGGGCCCGCGCAAAGCCCACGGAGCGCGAUCCGCCGGAGUUUGAGCAACGGUUCUCUGUCCUUCGGGCCCCAGAGACUGCCUUUGUGCUCUCGGCCUCCAGUCCGCGCCCGUCGGCAGGAGACAGCAAGACUCGCGACGGAGAAGACGCACUUCUGGCUGGUGAAGAACUGUCCCUCGCGUCCGCCCUGCAGACGCAAAACGGCGGUCGGGCCGCACUCGUGAGCAGCGGCGAAUUCUGCUCCGAUGAUCUUCAACGACUGGAAGCCGAACAAAGAGAAACGGAGACAGGGAAAAAGAAAAUCGCGAAUUUGCGGGUCUGCGAGGAGCUGUUGCUUUGGACCUUCAACCGGCGAGGUGUUCUCCGGUGGUCCAACUUGAAGCAUUUCAAGCCCGGGGAAACAGUGUCCCCGCACAUGUACAGAAUGAAGGAUGACAUCGCCUUCAGCGUCGACCUUCACCAGCUAGUAGACGGUAUGUGGCAGCCGUUCUAUGCCACUGACGUUCAAGUCGAGUUCGUGAUGCUCGAGCCGUUUCUUCGCUUUUUUCUUGAGCCCCCUGCGUCGCGGCAAUCUCCGACCUUCUCUCGCGUCUUCCAAGCUCCAGAUCGCUAUGGCGUUUUCAAGUUUGUUCUGCACUACAAUCGUAUCGGCUUCUCCCUUCUCCAUGUUGAAUCCAUGGCGCCUCUGAGAAAUUUCAAGCACAACGAUUUCCCUCGCUUCCUGCCGUGUGCACUGCCGUACUACGCGUGCGCUCUCUUGACACUGCUUGGUCUGGUCGUCUUUGUCGUUCUCUUCCUCCUGCAUCGAGAGAAGUUUUCCUUCUCCCCUGCACUCCCCCCCGUCUCCGAGACGGAAGGCUCCGAGAACACCCAAAUGACACCACUCGAUAGAAAACACAAGGCUGCGUAG